AUGAAAUUUCCCGAAAAUAGUUAUAUUUCAUCAAUAUAUGGGAUUGGGAAGCUAAAGUCUCUUUCAGAACUAUAUAUAUUUAAUCUUAGAGAUGUGAGUGGUUAUCGAAUUGGGGAGUUGAAGAAUAUGACUGAUCUUUAUAAAUUAGGAAUCAAUCGCCUUGAAAAUGUUAAGGAUGGCGAGGAGGCUCGUAAUGCCCAAUUAUGUGAAAAGAGGAGGCUCACAGAUUUGACCUUAUGUUGGAGUGAUAUUCACAUUGAUUCGACGAACAAAUAUUUAGAUGAGAAUGUGCUCGACAACCUUCAUCCACCAAAAUGUCUAAGGAAACUGAAAAUAGAGAGAUACAUGGGCGCAAGGUCUGCAAUAUGGAUGAACAAUGUCAAUUGGAUCUUCAAUCUAGAGGAAAUCGUAUUGUCAGAUUGCAGUGAGUGGGAAACUCUUCCUUCUUUCGGGCAUCUUCCCUUCCUCAAGUUACUGGAACUUUAUGACAUGCCGAAAGUAAAAUGGCUCGAAAGUAAAUUUAAUGGGAAUGAUAGAUACCGUGCCUUUCCAUUGCUGGAGAAGUUAUAUAUUGGGAGAUUAGAAGCAUUAGAGGAUUGGUUUGAGGCAGGAGUAACUGCUGAAGAGGGAUGUUUGUUUCCUUGCUUAAUUCAACUGUAUCUAGUUGACUGCUCGAAGUUGAAAGAGUUGCCCUCUUUGCCUCCUAAGCUCAAGAGCUUGGAGAUACGAUCUACUGGGUGGAAGACUUUGAAUUUUUGUAGCAAUUCAAAUCCUAUUCCCCUUGAAUCAUUAGAGGUCUUUGACUGUCCUAACAUUAUAUCUCUUCCUCUGGCUGAUGAAAUAGCAAGACUUGCAGCACUAAGAUCCUUGACAAUUAGAUAUUGCCCUAAUCUGAUCUCUCUGGGAAGAUAUCGACAAGUGGAGGACACUAAUAAUUGCCAGCUCAUGCUCAACGAUCUUCAUAUAAAUGAUCCAUCCGUGUUGCUAAUGGAGCCAUUGAGAAGUAUCGCCUCCUUAAAAAGGCUUAUAAUUGUGCAUAAUGAUGAGGUGGUUUCAUUUCCAAAUGAGUUGGAGCAGUGGUUUCUGACAGUUACGUCUUCUCUUUCUUACCUGAUAAUUUAUAAACUCAAAUCCUUACAGUGUCUCCCUUCCACCUUCGAAAGCUUUUCUUCACUUCAGUAUCUACAACUUUUUGACGUUCCUAUGCUUCGGGAAUUGCCGAACCUUCCUCCCGCUUUGAAACGUCUAGAAAUUGAGGGAUGUCAUCGAGAGUUAAAGGAGCGCUAUGGAGAGGACGGAGGCUCCGAUCGGCACAAGAUUGCUCACAUUCCUGAUAUCUUUAUUCGUUAA